AUGGCGCCUUCGAAGCAAGUUAUACAAAGUAUUGUUGCAAGUAUUUCAGCUGUUGUCUCUCUCGUUACACAAAUGUUUGGCCUUGUUCUCAUUUGGGGUAUGAACGUAUCAAGGCAAAACAACGCGAUUAUUACUAUGAUUGCAAGGAAACGAAAUUACUUUCGUGAAAAGCUGGCUCGACGUAGAUUAAACAUUUUGAAUAGAAGGCCUCGCAGCUGCUGGUUUAAAAAAGGUCGUACUGAUUUAUGGUGGGAGAACAUGUGGAAUGGAAUAGCUCCAGAGGAAUGCUGGAAAAAGAACUUUAGAAUGCCACGAGAAUCCUUUAUGAACUUAUUAGCAGAGUUGAACCCAUACAUUUCGCCGGAUCUAAGCUCUCCAAAUUACAGAGCACUGAGUGCUGAGAAAAAACUGGCACUGACAUUAUAUUUUUUAAAGGAUACGGGCUCUUUAGGGAUGACAGCAAACACAUUUGGGAUUGCUGUUAACACUGCUUCAGCUGUGAUAACUGAGGUAUGUCAAGUCAUCUCAAGAAAAAUGGGUCCAAAAUACAUACACCUUCCCAGGAGCCAGGAAAGCAUGCGAAGGAAGGUAUCCGAAUUUGAAGCCAAAUUUGGGAUGAACCAAGCAUUUGGUUGUGUAGAUGGGACACACAUUCCAAUUAAGUGCCCAGCAGAGAACUCACAAGAUUUUUUCUGUUACAAACAAUAUCAUUCGCUAAGCGUACAAGCAGUAUGUGAUUACAGAGGCUGUUUCCUCGAUGUGGAAUGCAUGUGGCCAGGAAGCGUCCAUGACGCAAAGGUUUUUACUAACUCCUCAAUUAAUAUUAAGCUGAGGGACAAUAAGUUGCCAACCACCUAUCAGACCCUAGUUGAAGGGAGAGCCAAAGUUCCAAACUACCUUAUUGGUGAUCCUGCCUAUCCAUUGCUUCCCUUCUGCAUGAAAGAGUACAAGACAUGUAUCAGCAAUGAAGAAGUCAUUUUCAACAACAUGCUGAGAGCUGCAAGAAAUCCUAUAGAAUGCGCGUUUGGCCGUCUUAAAGCUAGAUGGGCCAUACUUACUCGCAAAAUGGACUUCAAAUUGGAAACAAUUCCGAAAGUGGUAUAUGCAUGCUUUGUGUUGCAUAAUUACUGUGAAAAAAACAAUGUGAAUGUUGAUCAAACUGUUGUCAACUCUCAGAUUGAAUUCAUCAGAAGAAAUGAAGCUGAAUUUCAAAACAACCCAGACCCAAUUUACUCUUCUAAUGAGGAAGAGGGUAUAGUUGUGAGGAAAACUCUCACAAAAUUGGUACUUGACACAUUAAUGUGA